GUAAUGUGUGCGUUGUUGAAAGUCGCCCCUCGAAAGUGUUCCCUUACGUGAACGCUGCUUGUGUAAUAUCAGCUUUCCAGACACCAGUAACAAUCAGACGUAGGACGGGCUGUUUCUUUUACAGGUUUCAGAACAGGAGUUUAACAUGCUGUCGUCUGUCAUUGCGAAAAGACUGGUGUCUGGGGUGUGCCAGGCAGCCUGGAGACCAGCAGCUGCGGGCAUGGUAUCAGUUCGUGGUUACCGUGGAGACGCGCCAGACGACUCCAGGGGAGACCUGAUCGAGAUCCCUCUACCACCUUGGGAUGAGAGAGCAAACGAGGCCACUGACAUCAAGAGACGCCGUCUUCUUUAUGAGAGUCGUAAGAGGGGCAUGUUGGAGAACUGCAUAAUACUCAGCCUGUUUGCAAAGCGAUACCUGAACACAAUGACUGAGAAGCAGCUGCAGCAGUACGACCGGCUGAUUAAUGAACCAAGCAAUGACUGGGACAUCUAUUACUGGGCAACAGAGACUCAGCCCACACCUGACGUUUACCAAGGAGAGGUCAUGGAUUUGCUGAAGGAGUUCACAAAGAACCGCAACCAGGAGCAGAGGUUGGACGCCCCCAGCUUGGAAUACUUGGAUAAGGAAAGUCAGUGAGAGCCAUGGCGCGUCGAGCUGCUCAGAGACUCGUUAAUAUUCGGGAAGUGAGAAAUAAUUGGUCUCCAGAAUCCCGACGGAACGCAGAAUAUUCGGAACACUGUCCACCUUUACGAGCUGGUGAUCACAGGGAGAGUUGAGGGGAGUUUGUUUGGGGAAGUGUUAUGAAUAUUUUGUUUGUAUUGUAUUGUAAAUGUAUGGUGUAUGACUGUAAAUUCAAAUGGCUAAGUCAGCUUUCAUGUGUGUUUGUAAUCAGAGCCAAUUAUAGACAUUAUAGGUCAUGAAAUAAAUGUUGAUUCACUCA